AUGGACUCUUCAAACAACGAUGUGGGCUGUCGAGCCGAUAGAAAUGACAAGGGUGCGGCUACAUCUUCCGUUUCCGCUACAAGGAGGGCUGCUGAAGAUCUGAUCUCGCCUGCUUCGGCUUCUCGAAAUGCGACGGAGCAUAUCCAAAGAGGCGUUCGUAAUGUCGAGGACGUGACAUCCUCGUGGCCAAGGAAAGCACUGAUAGCAAUGUUUCUGCUCUUCUAUCUGUUCCUCUUCGAAGUUUCUCUUCAGCAAGAGGUCACAACGUCCCUUGCCCCCUACGUCACCUCAUCGUUUCAAUUACAUUCGCUCACCGCAACGACCCAAAUGAUAUCGGGUGUCAUUGGUGGCGUUUCAAACCUCCCGGUUGCCAAGAUACUCGAUCUUUGGGGUCGAACGGAAGGUUUUUUCUUGAUGACAGUUCUAUGCACAUCCGGAUUGAUUAUGAUGGCAGCUUGCCAGAAUGUCCAAACCUUCGCCGCCGCACAAGUGCUCUACUGGGUUGGCUACAAUGGCCUAGACUACAUCAUCAACGUCUUCAUUGCCGACACAACUUCUCUGGUCAACCGUUCGGUGAUUCUGGGGAUUUCGCAAACGCCAUACCUCGCGACUGCCUUCGCGGGCCCUCGAGUUGCCCAGUUAUUUUUAGAGCACACCAAUUUCAGGUGGGCUUUUGGGGUGUUCACCAUCACAACACCCUUUUUUGCCGCACCCAUAAUCAUACUCUUCCUGUAUUAUCAGCGUCGGUCAAGGUCCAAUACAGGCGAGACCUUGUGCUCGGAUCAUGGCCGCCUCUUGGCAUUCUGGAAUCAUUGCAAAUCCUUAGACAUUGUGGGAAUGACUCUCUUAAUCGCGGGCUUUGUCCUCCUUCUUCUUCCACUCAACCUGGCCGCGAGGGCACCAGACGGCUGGAGCACCGGAUACAUUAUCGCAAUGCUGGUUAUUGGGGUAGUGGCGCUUGUGGGCUUUGCGGUGUGGGAAAAAUGGGUUGCUCCCACGUCGCUUCUCCCAUUCAACCACCUGGUUGAUCAAAGCAUUAUAGGGGCGUGCAUCGUAGCUUGCGCUCAGUUCAUCAGCUUUUAUUGCUGGGCGUCAUAUUUUCUCUCAUAUCUGCAAGUCGUCAAGCAAAUGAGCAUCCAAAAUGCCGGUUACGUUUCGGAUGCCUAUGUGCUGGUGUCCUGCUUUUGGGCCGUCGUUAUUGGCUUACUGAUCCAGCGGUUUGGGCAGUUCAAAUGGCUUGGUAUGGGUGGGGUUCCGUUCAUGCUCCUGGGCACUGGCCUGCUGAUUCAUUUCCGGACUUCCCAAACAUCGAUCGGCUAUGUCGUCAUGUGCCAGGUGUUCAACGGCGUUGCGGGAAGCACCCUCAUAGCAACCCAGCGCAUGGCUGCACAGUCUUCUGUUGGUCAUGAAAACUUAGCAGUGAUCACAGCCCUAAUCGGGUUGUUUUCCUCCCUCGGCGCCGCCAUUGGGUCAACAUUGGCUACUGCAAUCUGGACAAAUCUCAUGCCUCACUACCUUCGGGAAUAUUUACCUGCAGCUGACCAGAAAAACUUGCCAAUAAUCUACGGAAGCUUAGUGGAGCAGCUUCAAUACCCUUGGGGGAGUCCAACCCGCAUCGCGAUAGUUCAAGCCUAUACUGAGGUUCAACGUUGGCUUUUGGCUGCCGGGAUAUGUUUCGUUCCUCUGAUUGUCGUUGGCAUUGUAAUGUGGAAAAAUGUGAGUGUAAGAGGAAUGAGUCAGACCAAGGGAAACAUCUACUGA